CAGAAACCGAGCCACUUGCUGCUGAAGGCGGGGUGGGGACACCGGAGAAGAGAACGGGUCGGAACCGCAGGGAUGGAAGGAAGGGGUGGCGGGUGGGGCUGAUGGAGAAACGCAGCUCGGGGAGUAGAUCCAGUUACUCCAUUCCAGAAUGCAGUCAGCUCGGAGGCACCCCUUGCAUUUCGUAUGCAAAAGAGGAGGCUUCCCGGAGGCUGGGCGGGGCUGGGCUCCAGCUACCCGGAUCCAGCUCGGAGGGGCUGGCGGUCCGCGCGCCUGCGGCGGGAAGAGCUGAAUAGCGGCGUAUCUGCUGACUACCCCGGAGAAUGGACGGGACCCGGAAGCAGGGACGGUGGGCGCCCUGAAACCUGCUGUGACCACGCGGCAUCAGCCUUCCGCAGAUCGGCUUCCAGACACCCGCAUCAUUUCUCCAAUCUCUGAAGACAUUUCUUCCCUGGGGAAGUGAAAAUAAUGAACUUUUGGAUGAAUUCCUUUUUCGCCUUCACUGCGCUCAGUGUGGUAAUUUUUGUGAUCUUUUACCAUAGCCAGUUAAGCCUGUCCAAAAGUUUCCAGAAGUUGAACAGUUCCUCCAGCGAAAGAACUCCCAGGAUAGCCUGUGACUUCGCCUCGGACCAGCAGGCAACCUAUCUGUCUGGGGACACCGCACCGGCCUCCGUGGGGACAGUCUCCUGCGAGAACUAUCUGAACCAGAGCCACUACAUCACCAGCCCCCUGUCCCAGGAGGAGGUGGCCUUCCCCCUGGCCUACGUCAUGGUGGUUCACAAAGACUUCAGCACCUUCGAGAGGCUGUUCAGGGCCACUUACAUGCCCCAGAAUGUAUACUGCGUGCACGUGGAUGAGAAAGCCUCCGCCGAGUUUAAGAACCUGGUGUUGCAGUUGCUCAAGUGCUUCCCCAAUGCUUUCCUGGCUUCCCAGAGGGAAUCUGUGGUCUAUGCAGGCUUCUCCCGGCUCCAGGCUGACUUGAACUGCAUGAAAGAUUUGGUGACCUCCAAGGUCCCCUGGAAGUACGUCCUCAACACCUGCGGCCAAGACUUCCCCCUGAAAACCAACAAGGACAUAGUUUUGUAUCUGAAAGGGUUUAAGGGGAAAAACAUCACCCCCGGGGUGUUGCCUCCAGCCCAUGCAGUUGUGCGAACUAAAUACGUCCACCACGAAUACAGAGGCCUAGGAGGGCCAUUUGUGAAAAAAAUGAAUAUUUUGAAAAGUCCACCUCCACACCAGAUGACCAUCUACUUUGGUACAGCUUAUGUGGCCCUCACCAGAGACUUUGUCAACUUCAUCUUAAGUGACAAAAGGGCCAUUGAUCUCCUUUGGUGGUCUAAAGACACCUAUAGCCCCGAUGAACAUUUUUGGGUGACACUCAAUAGGAUUCCAGGAGUCCCUGGUGCCAUGCCAAAUGCAUCCUGGACCGGCAACCUCAGAGCUGUCAAGUGGAUGGACAUGGAGGACAAACAUGGAGGUUGCCAUGGCCACUAUGUACAUGGCAUUUGUAUCUAUGGAAAUGGAGACUUAAAAUGGCUAAUUAAUUCACCUAGCCUGUUUGCUAACAAGUUUGAGCUCAAUACAUACCCUCUUACUGUGGAAUGCCUAGAACUAAGACUUCGAGAAAGAACCCUUAAUCAGAGCGAAACUGCAAUACAACCCAGCUGGUAUUUUUGAUCCACGGGCAGCUCGCGCCUGACCGAAAAAUGCCGACAGAAAGAAAAAUGAAGAUCCUUUCUUUCCAGGAGACUUUGCCCUUGGCUAUGCUGAGGGUUUGGGGAAAAUGGUUUCAAGAAAACAGUAAAAUUUCAAGAAAACCUUAAGGACCUGAGUACAUAACUAUAUUGAGUCCACUGGACACUGUGAGACACUAACAGGAUGGCUGAGUGAAGCUAUCCCAGCAUUUUGGCCAGCCUGGCAGGUUUUUUUUAACUCCCUCCCUUCCUCCCUCCCUCCCUUCCUUCGUUUUUUUCAGACAAGGUCUUGCUAUGUAUUCCUGGCUGGCCUGGUCCUCAACAUGUAGCACAGGCUGGUCUUGAAUUCUCAGCAAUCCUCCUGCCUCAGCCUCCCAAACUGCAGGGAUUACAAGUGUGCACCACACCUGGCUGCCAUAUCUGGUGGUUUCUUGCUCACCUCUGUUUAAUCUACUGCUGUAAUCACUGUUAAAUUUAAAUACCAUCAGAUCUUUGCACCAGAUGUUUAUCACAUCAAUGUAUCCUAUUAGAAAGAAGACUGGUAGGUAAUACCGUCUAGGAAAAUCAGAACCUGGUUCCUUUGAAAAGGGAUCUUGAAUCCCAUAUUCCUAGUCGCUACCCUGUACUCAGCCACACACAGGCAUAGAGACAGCUUUCUGGUAACUUACCAGUUUCCUUUAGUCAAGAACAGAUCUAGAAGGGCUGAGGAUCUAUAGUUCAGCAUUGGAGCACUUGGCUGGCAUUCAUGUGUCUGACUUGGGCUCCAUCUCCAGCACCUCUAACAAACAGGUCUUGGUCUGAGUCUCAUCACUGACACUUUCAGUUUACUCGUGUCUGAUGUUCUGCAGACAAUACAAAGCCAUUAACAAGAGGCCGCAGGUACUUUAAGACAGGAGCCACUCUGCGGGAAAAGGAUCUCGGGGACACUGGAUAGUUCUGUGUUCUGUUCCAGAAUGUUCUCUGAUCUCUCUUUUCUGUUUUCUACUGAGAAUAUUGAAAAGCCCUCAUAAGAAUGAAGGAAUUCUUUCCCACAGGAAAGGUGCUAUUGCAUGAUUCUAGUCUCAAGUAUGGUACCUCUGAAUGAUUUACUUCUUCUGAGGCCCCAUCUCUACUUGACAAAUAAGGACCCAGUGUCCUACGCAGCAUUAACUACACCAUGAUAGUCUCUGGAUAGCUUUGCAAUGCACAGUGCCUACAAGAGUGUCUGGAUUCUUAAGAGUGUUUGAUUGCAGGUGGACAUCUGUGUCAUUUCUCAUUCAUAUGCUGAAUCAUUCAUCCAGCCUACAUUUGAAAAUCUCUUGAAUGCCUGUAAUCCACAAGAGAUACAGACACAAGAGGGAAAUGAGACAGAUACUUUUUCACUGUAAAACUCUUGGGAGUGAUGUCAGUUUUAGGAAGUCUGCUCUAGGGAGUCUUACAAAAUGACUACACUUCACACAUGUCUAGCUGUGGUUACAUAUUGUGACAUGAGGCCACAGAGAUCAGUAAUUAGAAAUCAGAGGAAGCAGAAGCCAAGUCUGUCAUGCCCCAUGCCCCAUGCCCCAUUUUACUGGCAUCUCACAACACUGUCGUGAGGUUCCCAUGAACACCUGCAUCUUGCAGAUGAAUUUGGGUUCUCUCUUGUCUUCUCAGCUCGUUUCCUGAGGCGGGCUAUUGAGAGAAGGUAAAAUAGAGCCAUGUUUAGUAUACCAGAGAAGGUGUAGUCUAAGACCAGCUUUAGUGUUGACACUGAGAGAAAGUUGUGUUAUUCAGAAAAGUGGGAAGUCAGGACCUGUGAGAUGGCUCAACAGGUGGGGGUGCUUGCCACGCAGGCUGACAACCUGCGUUCAGUCCCUGGAACCCACAUGAUUAAAGGAGAGAACCCACUUCCACAAGUUAUCCUCUGACCUCUACACACAUGGCAUGUGUACACCCACCUCUCCCUCUCAGAAUAAACCUAAUAAAAUUUUUCUAAAAGGAAAGAUGUGAAGUCAGCUUUAGUAAUCCUCUUAUGUUUUUAUUUAUUCUAAUGAAAAAUUACUCCAAAUGAUUAUUCAUGUAGUUAACACAGUUUAAUUCUUUUUUCUAUAACUGUACCUGCUGAAUGUUAAUCACAUUGAAAGGGAAUGACUUUAACAUAAAACUUUUUUUCUUGUUACUGAAAAGCAAAAUGGAAUUGUAUUAGGUAAUGUUGAAAGACAGAAUGCACCCAGGGUCAAAGGUUCAGUCUAAACAUUGCCUCUUCAAUCUGUUAUUUAAAUGAAAGCACCCAAGAAGAAAUGUUUUCACACUGGAUCUUUCUCAUGGAGAAUGAGAAUUUUUUCUGGAAUAGCAGAUGUUUACGUCUCUGUUGUUGGUCAUGUCUUUCUUUGAUAUUGGGAGAGCGUAGCGUUUGAGCUAGUGAGUUUCUGUUAGCCAGGGAGAUGCCCUCAAACUACUAUAUCCAUCUUUGUUUUUGUUGAUGUUGUGUUGUGUUGUUUUUUUUUUUCUUGGAAAUAAAUUAAUAUAUUGUUUUCCA